AACUUCGUUUUCCAGAAUUGGUGAGAUAUCGCUUCCCGUGAAACCACUGAGCUGCAGGUGUUUGCCUCAGGUGCAGGAGAGAAACGAAAGUGCUUUAAAUCCGGAAGUGCUGAGGGUGAACAUGGAUUCCAGACAGCAACGAGAGAGUUGGAUCCAGGAGGUAAUCUGUCCCAUUUGUCUGGAUUUCUUCACCGAUCCGGUUUCACUGGAUUGUGGACACAACUUCUGCCGCUCCUGUACCACCCAGAGCUGGGAAAAGCAGGAGAGAAACUCCUGCCCGGAAUGUAGACAGGAGUUUCCGAACAGAAAGCUCAGGGUAAAUCGGGUCUUAGCGAAUCUGGCCGAGAAAGCUCGAAAAUUAAAUCCGAAUCUGCAAGAGAAGGAAAGUAAACAUCACUGUGAGGAACAUCAGGAAGAACUGAAGCUGUUUUGCGAAACUGACAAGAAAUUGAAUUGUGUGAUUUGUAGAGAUUCCCGGGAACACAGGGAGCACCGCUUCAUCCCGGUUAAAGAAGCUGUUGGACUCUACAAGGAUCGGGUGAAAUCUUCCUUGGAUUCUCUCACAGAUAAAAAAUCAGCAGCUCUAGAAAUGGAGCGGGAGCAGAAACAGCAGAUUUCCCAGAUUCGGGAACAGGCGAACUGCCUGCAGAGCCACAUCGAAUCAGAGUUCACUAAAAUGCACCAGAUUCUCACUGAGAAAGAACAGACUUUACUCCGAGAUCUCAGGGAAGAAGAGGAGCGAAUUCUCAAAACGUUAUUGGAGAAUCUUUGGAAAAUACAGGAGAAUUUAAAUUCCAUUGAGGAGAAACUCUCAACUUUGCAGAAGCAAGUGAACCAGAAAGCGGGACCGAUUCUAUAUCAGGAGGAAUCCUGUCGAAAGGGGAGGGUGACUCACCGGGAUAAUGGACUGCCAAGCGCAGACCCCGCUCUGUCCAUCGGUAAAUUCCACGGACCAUUACAGUAUACAGUGUGGAGAGAAAUGGUCGCUGUCAUUAAUCCUGCUCCAGCCUGUCUGACUCUGGAUCCGAACACAGCGCACCCCCGGCUGAUCCUGUCUGAGGACCGGACCAGUGUGAGAGUCGGCAACACACUGCAGGAGCUCCCUGACUCCCCGGACAGGUUUGACCGCUGGCUCUGUGUGCUGGCAUCGGAGAGCUUCACAUCAGGGAGACAUUACUGGGAGGUGGAGGUGGGGGGGAAGACCUGGUGGCGUGUGGGAGUGACCCGAGGGAAUGCCGUGAGGAAGGGGAGAAUCGAUCUGUGUCCCCAGUCUGGAUACUGGACUGUGUGGCUGAGACAUGACCAGAUGUACCUGGCUGGGACUGAUCCAGUGACUGCGCUGUCCCCGAGUGGGAAUCCCCGGAAGGUCGGCGUGUUCCUGGACUAUGAGGGGGGCCAGGUGUCAUUUUACAAUGCGGACACCAUGUCCCAUCUCCACACUUUCAGCCACACUUUCACUGAGAGGCUCUUCCCACUGUUCCACCCGGGGCCACACGACAGCGGAAAGAAUUCUAGCCCCCUGACAAUCUGCGGGCUGAAAGGUCACUGACACAUCCACCCCAUAAUCUCCCACACUGCCUCCUGCCGGCUGGGACCUGCAGUCUGUGACACUUGCUGCUGCUGGUGGUGGUUCAGGUGUAUGUGGACAGUACAGUGACAUAGCUCUCAUUUUGAUAUUAAAAUUCACGGACCCCAAUGGUCUUUUUCUUUUACAAUGUACGAGAAAGAGUUUUCUUGACUGUCCUACCUCAUUUCUCCCUUCGAGCAGACUCUCAGUGAAUACACUCCAUCUGUAUCACUGGAAUAAAUUUAAUGGCCAUCUCCUUUCCUGAGAACAUCUUUCCUGGGAUUCCUUCUAUAUUCCUGAUUCUGCAAUCAUUGUCCCAUUUCAGUUCCAGCAUUGAGGUUAAGCCUGUUCAGUUUUAUUAUAAUUGACACAUUUUUGUUUCAAUUUCAGAUUCUAGAAUUUCCUUUUCAGUAUUUUUGACAUUUUCUGUUUGUUCCCCAAAACAUCACUAAGUUUUCCAUCACCAGUUUUUCUGUUCCUCCAGUUUCCUUGUGGAUUCCCACAGGACCAUUUCGCGAAGUGAAACUGCCUGUCAGAUAUUAUAGCUAUCCACUAGAACCUGUGCUUCUUGGAUUCUUGAUAAUUGAUGCUCAUCUGGAUAAAUC